AUGGAGACGGAAACUACAGCAAGCAAACACAACAAUUCAUGGUCCUGGUUCAAGGUCCUCUUUGUCGUAUCACAAUUUAUCGUCAACCUCUUCUACAUGGCUGCGGCUUUCCUGGUGGCUCCUUUCUACAUCAAUGCCCUCCCGUCAAGGCAUUUGGUCACAGCCAUCUGGAUGUUGUACCAGCCAUUAUGCCAUACAAUCUGGAUCUUCUUCAGUCCACGAUGCAUACCACUGUUGUGCCGGACCUUUGUGGCGCACACGAUUUUACUCUGUUCUUGGGUUUGGACCAUUGCUUUGGUCAAAGAACCAUUAGGGCUCAAUGGCCCCGGCACUCUCAUUGUGGGCGUUUCGGGAUAUGUUGGCAUCAUCGAUCCUAUGUUCCAAAUCGUUCUCAUAAUGUCUGAGGUGAAUCGGUGCUUGACGGAAUGGUCAAUCUUUCAGGUUGUGCACUCAAACCUGUCAGCUCGCUUCACUGGACAGGCAUCUCUGCCAGGCUCCAUGAUGGAGAAGGACACUCUGCAGUUAGAAGAUGGCUUGUUGGAUGUAGAGGGUUCUAAAAUUCCCUCACCGUAUCUAGCCUGGUAA